CUAUGGUGCGUCCCAAACACAACUCAGACCCAACUAGUUGAGUCGAACAAAGGUAAGUGUCCCAGGCUUGUGAGCCGAUCACCGAUUAUGCCACUGAGCAAACAUGGCGGGUGACAAGGAUCCUCUGAAACAGCUGAAAGAUCUGACGCAGCUCAAAAAUCAGUUGGAGGAAAUCCAGAGGCGAGUAGAGAACGAAGUGUCUGUAGGAAUCUCUCCGGGAGGCUCAGUGUUGGGAUCUCCAUUUCUGAAGGGCUGUCUGGCCGGCUAUGUGGUGGCCAAGCUGCGCUCCUCUGCUUUCCUGGGAGUGCUCCUGGGAACAAUCACUGGCAUAUACGCAGCACAGAACUACCAAGUGCCUAACAUCGGAAGGACCGUGAAAGAGUAUAUGAACAGCUUGACAAAAGGAAAGAAAUAAUUCGGGCUGACUGCUAGUCUUGUCAGUGACAUAACGGGCACA